CGGGCCCUCAGGCGGAGCGGCGGGCGCCGGACCCCCAGGCGGAGCGACAGGUCUCGGGCCCUCAGGCGGAGCGGCGGGCGCCGGACCCCCAGGCGGAGCGACAGGUCUCGGGCCCUCAGGCGGAGCGGCGGGCGCCGGACCCCCAGGCGGAGAGCGACAGGUCUCGGGCCCUCAGGCGGAGCGGCGGGCGCCGGAUCCCCAGGAGGAGCGACAGGUCUCGGGCCCUCAAGCGGAGCGGCGGGCGCCGGACCCCCAGGCGGGGCGGCGGGCACCGAGUCACCAGGCACAACCGUGGGCUCCGAGUCAACUGGGAUUGGAUCGUCUGGCUGGACAGCGGGCAUCGGGUCACCAGGUAUGACAGCGGGCACUGGGUCACCAGGCAUCAGGUCAUUUGGCUCGACAGCGGGCACCGGAUCAGGUACCGGAUCAUCUGGAUCAACAGCGGGCAUCGAGUCAACUGGC